AACUUUAUGCAAAGUCUUGCUGGCUAUGCUCUUGUAUCUUAUCUCUUGGGUUUAAAAGACCGUCACAACGGAAACAUCAUGAUUGAUACUCGUGGGCACUUGAUUUUCAUUGAUUUCGGAUUUGCACUGGGGAUGGCACCGGGUCAUGAGUUCAGUAUGGAGAGAGCCCCAUUUAAACUCACUAGGGAGUACAUUGAUGUCAUGGGUGGUGUUGGAUCCGAGUGUUACAAAGAGUUUCAGCGCCUGUUUGUUUCCGGGUUUGAAGAGUGCCGGAGAAACUCACAGAUUGCUUUAGGCCUGGUAGAGAUUAUGAUGUUCAAAAGCAAUUAUCCAUGCUUUACUGGGGGACGCUAUGGAAAUGGUAAAGCAUUGACAAAACUUGAAAAACGUUUGAUGCUGAGAGUGCCGGACAAAAAGGUAAAAAAGAAGGCUCUUAACUUGAUCCGUCGAUCAAAGCAACAUUUUGGAACCUACUUGUACGAUGUGUUCCAACACGCCACUAAUGGAUACGCUCUUUAA